CGGUCUUCUUGGUUUUCCCGCCGCUUGGAAGGCACUGAGGGACAGAAAUUGAGCAGAGCUGAUCAUGAAUCAUUUGGUAGGACACCAAACAGCCUGCAUCAACGCUCGAUGUGUUCAUUUUGGGGGUCUGCUUGUUGUUGACGUUUGUGCAGGUAUCGUCCAGCAGGGCAAUUGAGGGGCUCAAGGCAGCCAUAGGUGACCCUUCCACCCUCACGCAACUGCCCCGGUGGGCCCUCACCAAGGCGGAGCCUCUCAUCCGUCAUUGUAUCGAGGUGCCAAUUGGCCAAAUCGCACAGUGGCCGGCCGACAGCAUUGUUCAAGCCCUCAGGCUGACGCAGGUGAGGGGAACAUGGCCAAGGGGAGUGCGGCAAGGAAUGGCCUCUGUGCGAGUGUUGCAGCUAUUGCUCGCCAAGUUGUUUGACGAACUGCUUCUUCUCAAGGUGAGACAAAGGGUCGGCUCGCGUCACCCUCGACUUCCUGAUCCGUGGGUGGCUGUGUCAGAGAUAUUUCACAAAGUCUGGGCAGCAGAUCAACAAAAUACAGGUGUGGAUGGAUGGGCACACAUCAAUCACGCUCCCGUACCAACCUGCCUUCUUGCAACAUGACGAUGCAGGCUGACUUCCAGGGCGUCCGCGCCAUCCACGAGCAGAACGAGCUCCUCCGCUCGUGCAUCAUCUAUCUGGUGCCCCCGUCCGUCAAACACAUCCUCGAGCACAGCAACAUCCCAAACAUGCCCAACCUGAGAGACAAACCGAGAUGCACCCACCCGGCCCUCCUGAAGCUGGUGCGGUACUCUCUCUCAGCGAACAAGAGCUCCGCUGCCGCGCGUAUACAGGCUAUAUGGCGGGGGAAGGUCGGAAGGCGGAGGCAUCGGGAUCAACUGCGAGACAUCGUUCACAAGGCCGAGGCCAAGCUGAGAGUCAGUGAGAGUGCAUUGAUGUCAGGAGAGCGCCGUUCGAUGAGUCUCUUUGUGUUGUCUUCAGGCAAUGGUGCAGGAGUCCGGCUCCCCAACCGCGAGCCCCUCUCGCGCCAUCAUGGGCACUCCCACAUCAGCUUCCACAGACCGAGACGACAGCCAGCUGUCGCAGCAGCAGUCGGCCCUCAUGCUCAUUCAGCACAUCACACCCAGACUCACCAAGAUCGGGCUCACCAUUGAGGGCGUGUUCCGCGCUGCUGACGUCAACUGCGGGGGUGAGGUGUGGCUGUCGGCCUUGAUCGCUUUCAUGAGGCAGUCGUGCCGAGUGCCGCUCACACUGGGUGAUGCUCUGAAGCUGCUGGGGCUGUUUCGAUCGCCGACGGGCCGCAACGUUGCUGCCAAGAGGGACUCAGCGACUUACGCAGAGUUUGCCGGUGAGUUGACAUCGAUGGUGGAAAAUGCCGUUAGUUACAUCUGUAUGUCUGUGUGUCUUGCCAUUGCUCACUCAGGCAGCUUCCGUCUGCUGCUGACUGAGACAGCAUGCCAAUACACCGUGACCCACCUGAACAUCCAGCAGCUGGCGUACGCAUGCGGCAUCGCCGAGUGCGAGACCACAUCCACCGCCAGAGGCCCAUCAACACCAUCACCACACCAUGCAGGGGCCCCCUCCCCUUCCCACAGCACCCUCGGUCUCCCGGACCGGAGGAAGUCGCUCACUAAGAUAGCUAUCCCGUCUCUGUGGGAUGUGACUACAUGCCUCAAGGCCCGCUAUGGCAGCGGCUUCACCUGGGGCAGCCUGGUGGACAGUGCAGAGAGGGCCAGGUUGCAGCGGCGGAUUGAGCACCUCCGGGGUGUGAGGCGGGGGGAGGCCUGGGGGGGAGAGAGUGGGGCGGGGGAGGAGAUGGCCAUGCUGAGACAGCAGCAGAGCAGCCCUGCGCCACUUACACAGGUGGGGAGGGCCACGGCGGACCCAUGUGUGUGAAUGUUGGUCGAUGUGGGUGUGUUGGUGGGUGUGAUGAUGUGUGCAGGUGCCGAAAGAUUGGUUGACGUACCACUUGAUGAGUCUGCGGUUGCCUGCGCCGCCCGUGGUCAUAUUGGCGGCGAUGGAGGGGCUGGCAAAGGGAGAUCAGGACUUAAUCAGUGUGGAUGCCAUCAAGCAUCUGCUGACCAUCAAUGUUGACCCCACGUAGACAG